AUGUCACACGCCGUCGCCAACAAAACAGAAACGGAAAACUGCAUCAGCAGCAGCAGCAGCAGCAACAACAACAGCAACAGCCUCAAACAGACGCCACAGCCCGCACAGCAGCAACCGCACAGCAGCAGCACCAGCAGCAACAGCAACAGCAGCAGCAGCAAUUGCCUCAAGAACAGCAACAUCAACAGCGAUGCGGCGUUCUCAUUGCUGAACGGCACCCACUCGUCGCAUCAGCCGCGCAGCAAUGGACUUACUGCUGCGGCGCACGCAGCUGUCAGCUAUGCCAGCGCCGGCAGCGGAAGUGGCGCGGGCAGUGCCGGUAGCGGAAGUGGUGCGGCCGCAGUUGGCCACAAUGCGGCGCUGCUCGGCGGCGCGCCGGCCACAGCGUUGCCCAGCAAUGGCGGCCUGCAGUCACCGUACGAGAGCUACAGAGUCGAUGAUACCAGUUAUGUGCCCAUCGGACAGUUCUAUGCUGGACGGAGUGUAUUCAUUACGGGCGGGACCGGUUUUAUGGGCAAGGUGCUCGUUGAGAAACUGUUACGUUCAUGUCCGGACAUAAGAAACAUAUAUCUGCUGAUACGACCGAAACGCGGCCAGGAAGUUUCGGCGCGCCUCACGGAACUCCUAAAUGCGCCGCUUUUCGAAUCACUGCGUCGCGAGAAGCCGAAGGAAUUAAGCAAAGUCAUACCCAUAUCCGGCGAUAUAACAUCCGAGGAGCUGGGCAUCUCAGAGAGUGAUCAGACCCUACUUUGUCGCAACGUUUCCGUUGUAUUUCAUUCAGCUGCCACUGUGAAAUUCGAUGAGAAGCUCAAAUUAUCAGUCACAAUCAAUAUGCUGGGCACUAAACGGCUGGUCGAGCUCUGUCAUCGCAUGAUGUCCCUAGACGCACUUAUUCAUGUAUCCACUGCCUAUUGCAAUUGCGAUAGAACCGACGUAUCAGAGGUUAUCUAUGCACCACCCUAUAAUCCCGAUGAUAUCAUCUCAUUAAUCAACUGGCUUCCGGAGGAUAUACUUGAUCAGCUGACACCGCGCCUCAUUGGCAAGCGCCCAAAUACGUACACAUUUACAAAAGCCUUAGCGGAGCAUAUGUUACUUAAAGAGGCUGGAAAUCUGCCCGUUGCCAUUGUGAGGCCCUCGAUUGUGACUGCCAGCCUGAAUGAGCCCUUUGCCGGUUGGGUGGAUAACUUCAAUGGGCCAACGGGUCUAGUCUCGGCGCUGGCCAAGGGCCUCUUCCGCACAAUGAUGUGCGAAAAGAACUAUGUGGCCGAUAUGGUACCUGUUGAUAUUGUGAUUAAUUUAAUGAUUGCCGCUGCCUGGCGCACAGCGACGCGUAAAUCCAAUAAUUUACUCAUAUACAAUUGCUGUACCGGUCAACGUAAUCCCAUCAUAUGGUCUGAGUUUGUCAAAUAUGCCAUGUCCAGUGUGCGCAAACAUCCCUUGGAGGGUUGUCUGUGGUAUCCAACUGGGGACCUGCGCAUGAAUCGUCCCAUGAACACGCUGAAUUGUGUAUUAAAACAUUUUCUACCAGCCCACAUACUGGAUGCAGUGGCGCGCAUAAUGGGCAAGAAGCCAUUUGUUGUCAACGUACAAAACAAAAUUGCCAAAGCUGUAGAAUGCUUAGAAUAUUUUGCCACGCGUCAAUGGCGUUUUAAGGACGACAAUGUGAAUGGUCUGCUGCAUACGCUCAGUCCCAAGGAUCGUGAGAUUUUUGUAUUUGAUGUGCGCAACAUUAACUGGGAUAAAUAUGUGGAGCGCUAUGUUUUGGGCUUCAGGGAAUUUUUGUUCAAACAGCGGCCCGAAUCGCUGCCCGCAAGCAGAAAGCGUAUGGUCAGAUUGUACUAUCUGCAUCAGCUAAUAAAAGUGGUCGCCGUGCUGCUCACCUGGCGCUUUCUGAUGUCACGUUCAAAGCGAUUAAAUGAUUUGUGGAGCGCAUUUCUGGAAAACGUGCUCAAAAUCGCGCGUUUAAUACCAUUUUUGUAAUAAUCUGGCACAGCUGAUGGCCGGAGACAACAACAACAACAACAGCAUAAAUCUUGUCUGGUGAUGUUCUUCUUUGCAAUUUCUAAAUGCCUUAAACAUGGCGUACAUUUUAGAGGUUUUUAGCAAAUAAUUAUAAUCAUAUUUUUAUAUAUGUUAAAUGAGUAAACGAAAACCAACCACAAACAAUGCAUCGGGUUAAUAAAAUGGCAUUUGCGCGCAACCAAAAAAACAACAAAAAACAAAAACAAACAAAUGCAGAUUCAGAUGCAAGUGCAGGUGCAGGUGCAGGUGGAAUGGCAGCCCACACACAGGUGUGUCCACUGUCCGCUAUCCGCUGUCAGGAGUGAUGCAAUUGUGCAAUUUUUGAGAUAUAUUUAAAUGCCUCUCUCCAGGGUGUCGGUUCUCUCGUUGGCGAGUUAAAGACGUAAUUUUUGUAAAUUUUGUGCAGUCAACUAAGUAAAAGUAAAGCUAAUAUAAUACAAAUUAAAUGAAAGGUAUACAUAAUAUAUACAAAUAAAAUAUUCCACCUUCGCGAACACAAAAACAAACACUUGGCAUGACGAUAAAUUCGUAUUAAAUUAAUAAUGAAUAUAUGCCUAGGCAUAUGGCAAAACAAAUCUAUGUCAAAGAUAAUGAAGCAAUUUGCAGUAAUUAGUAAUUCCGAAUACUUUUGCAACAAAACAAAGAAAACAAAACUAUUUAACAAAUUGAAUAAAAAAAAAAAACAAAAAUCAAA